CACCAUCGGCAACCAAGCGCUGGGCCCUUUGACCAAUUCUAUAGUCCGCUUUUUCUGCACGUCGAAACUUCUUCUCGCUAUUAUGCUGCAACUUGUCGUUCCAACAUGAUAGCCGGCCAGGGAGGCAAGCAAGCCCUGCGGGCCCCAGCUCCAAACUCAUUCCUUGGUUGACGCACAAAUUUUCAACCUGCAGCUUCAAAGUAACUGUUCAAAAUGAUUGCAAUUGGCGGCCUGCAAAUGGAGGGGACGGGGCGUGCUAGCGAGCGAAGCCCGGACAAGAGUCGCAUACGUUCGCAAAUUCAGCAAGCGCACCUUAAAAAAGCAAUGGCCAAGGGCGGGAGCACAGGAAGCGGGCUCAACGUUCGACAGGGCCCCAACCUGGACGCUUCAACUGAGGGCACGAGCUCGGCCCGGGGAUCUCCCGGCCUGGUCGAAAGCGCCUCCAACGACAACCUGAACGCCCACGCGACCAGCAGCGGCCGGUCGCCAGACCCCACCGCGAACCGGGAUGGCAGCCGGCCAUCAGCUGCAGCAGCGGGCAUGGCGGCCACGUUCGGCGGAUCGGUGCAUGAUGGGGCCUCAGGCGCCAACGGAGGGACAGCGAAUGGGGGCCCGGGCCUUGGAAGCGCGGCGUAUAAGAACAGCGUGGGCUGGGGCACGAUGAAGAACAAGGGCCUGCUGGCCUCCUUGGCAGCAUCGUCAAGCAAGCUGUCCCAGAUAGCGGACAACAUCCAGAAGGACCUGCGGAGCAAAGCCCGGGGCAUAGCUCUGCUGGCAACUGAGACGCGGGCGUGGCUGCACGUCAACAAGUACGGCAUGGCGCUGGCGCGGCCCGUGGACGGCAGCAAGCCACCACCCAAUGACGGCGCGGACGGCGAGGUGAAAGCAAGCUGGCGCUCCAUCAUCUCGCACUACCGCCAGGCGCUGUGGCUGCUGAUGACUGAGUCGGACUCCUCCAACGCAGCCUAUGCAGUGUCUAUGCUGGUCAUGGGCGCGAUCCUACUUUCGACUGUCGCCUUCUGCCUCGAGACGGUGCCGGCUUACAGCGAAGAUCGGAACCGGGCGGCCGACCAAACCUUCAUGAUCAUUGAGACUGUCACUGUUCAGAUCUUCGCGGCUGACUACCUGCUAAGGCUCAUCUCCUCGCCCAACGUGUGGCAGUUCAUCAUCGCGCCACUCAACAUCAUCGACCUCGUCAGCAUCGUGCCCUGGUACAUCGAGAAGGGGCUGUCGGGGAGCGCGCUGCAGGGCACCGCGGUGUUUCGAGUGCUGCGUCUGCUGCGCGUAUUCCGAGUGCUCAAGCUGGGGGCCAGGUACCGCAAGCUGCUCAUCGUUACCACCGCUUUCGCAAAGAGCUUGGACAUGCUCCUGCUCAUGUCGUUCUUUGUGGGCCUCAUCGUGGUCGUGGCUGCCACGCUGCUGUUCUUUGCGGAGCGAGGCGACUACGACGAGGCACUGGGCUACUACGUCCGCACACACGAGAAGUACACGCAGGCGGAUGGCGACCCCAUCGUGAGCCCCUUCGAGAGCAUACCGUCAGGCUUCUGGUGGGCCAUCGUGACGCUGAUGACUGUGGGCUACGGUGACGUGGUGCCGCUGAGCGUGGGCGGCCGCUUUGUGGCCUGCGCCACCAUGCUGUGCGGCCUGCUCGCCAUCGCUCUGCCGGUGGCGGUCAUCGGCACCAACUUCGCCAGCGAGUGGGAGAGCUACAAGCGGCGCCGCGGCGGCAGCGGGCAGACCACCAGCCCGCACCUGGACGAGCUGACUGAGGCGCUGGACGCACACGUCAGCACAGUGACGGACGUGGAGGACAUGCUGGAGUCGGCGGUUGCCAAGCUGGCUGACAUGCAGUCGGAGGUGCGGGAGCGCGGCGAGCUGCGCAUCAGCGAGAUGGAGGCGCUGCUGCGGCAGCGCGGGGCCAGCAUGACCGUCAAGCAGGUGGAGGCCGUGCGCGAGGUGGUGUCGUGCCUGUGCCGCCUGGGAAUGGAGCCGCAGUCGCAGCUGUUCCAUCAGUACUCCAUGCGGCCCCCGCACGGCAGCGGAACGGGCUCGGGCGGGAUGGAGCAACAGCAGCCGAAGCAGCCGCACCAGAAUGAGGAUGGCGACGUGCUAACGGAAAUGCCGAGCGCCCAGCAGCAGCAGCCAGACCUGCAAUCCAAAACCUCCGGCGACCAGAACCCCAGCGUGUCGUCGCGUGUCAGCUUUGCCGUGGACGCUAGCUCUGCUGGCCGAACGGGCACUGGCGACGGCAUGGACCCAAGCACUGGCGGCGUGGGCAUCGGGCGGCACACCAGCGGCGUGCACGGCGCCGCGUCGUUGCGGGUGCUGCGUAGCAUGAAUGUGGCGGCCGUGACAGGCGCGGCCCCGCACGCCGCUGACGCCAGCGUCCGACCGAAUGGCGCGGCCGCCGGUGUGGACACGGCGGCCGCGGACACGAGCGUGCGGUCGGCCGCGGGCACGGUGCCCCCAGGCGUCUACAACGGCUUGGGCGGCGUGGGUGUGCACGGCUGGAAGGACAGCGGCGCCGCGGCGGGCGCGGACCCGCGACUGCCGGAGCCCAGGGCCGCGCUUGCAAACAAAAUCAAGGAGUGCCUGGACCUGCUGGUGGACACGCCCAUGUACGAACGCAUGAUUGAGGAGCUGAACGAGGCACUGGCGCUGGAGGAGGAGGUGUACGGGCUGUGGUCGCAGCUGGUCAAGGUGCUGCGGGCGGUGGCGCUGCUCACGGGCGGGCUGCUGCCGGAGGAGCUGGACCUCAUGCGCAGCCAGUACCGCCAGCUGGUCACGCUGGGCAAGGAGGCUGCGGAGCUGCACGCACGGCUGGAUGUGGUGGCUGAGGACCUGGCAGACAUGGACGACACCCUUGAGCGGCCUGGCUUGGACGUGGUGAUGGGUGUGGUGAAGGGCCUUGCCAAGCAAAGCUCAAGCGGCGUGCGUGAUGGUUCCAGCCGUAAGCUCGGCAGCCGUAACGGCCGCGCGCGUAGCGCGGGAGCGAAGGGGAGGACGGCGGCAGCGGUGGGGGUGACGGCUGAUGCCGCCGAUGCGGCGAUGGCGUCGCGCACCUCUUCUCGAAGUGGCUCGCAGCCGCCGUCGCGGGCCGCGUCCGUGACGGCUGCGCAGCACGCGGCGGCAGCGCUUGGCGUGGAUGCCGUGCAGGCAGGAGACGUACGCGGCGAGGGUCGCAGCAGCACAGGCAGCAGGGCUGGCGGCAGCCGGGAUGCAACCGCGUCUGGCCUGGUCGCAGCGGCAGUGCAGCCCCCAGCCGCCGCGGCCAGCUUCCGGGUAUCCUCGGCGUCUGGCCGCAACAAAGUAGCACCGGAGCCCAUUGCCACUGAUGCCGGCGGCACGGAAGGCCUCACACCACCAGCCCACCCUACGGUCUUCCGACUUGGCAGUGGGAGGGUGGCGCCGGCACCCCAGACGGCAGUGAGUGCAGUGCCACCAGCAGCAGGCGGCGUGCGCCCAACGUCUGCUCGCCGUGACGCUGCCGUCCCUCCUGUCGUGGAGGAUGGGCAUCGCAAGAGCGCUGACCUCCCGCCGUCCGCAGCGCAACACCGGCCUGGCAGCGGCGCUAGCGUGCGCAGUGGCAGCGGUGGUGUAGGUGGAGGCUGGCAGGCGGGCUCAGACGCUGGCGCUGUGGUAGCUGGCGCUCAGCCUGGGCCAGCACUUGCACGAGUGGCAGAGGAUGCGAUGCUGCCGGACUCGCCCUCGGGGACGGAGCCGCACCAGCCGGGACAGGACACAUGAGCAAAGCGGGUUUCGCGGCUUGGGACAGCGCAAACUGAUAGGGUUCAUGGCAAGACGUGAUGCUGUUGUGCACCGAAUGGGUUAGUGCAAAAUCCAUUGUGCCGCGCGGAGUGUAAAAGGUGGAAGGCUUCGUGCCGCACAUACCCUGCGGCACCCGGCACGUCUUGCACGGGGUGAGUAAGACUGUCCACGAUGCACACCCUCCCAUUUCCGAUGUGGUAAUAUACUCCUCACCUGUAGUGCAGUCCUUCCAGAUUACCGGAGCAUUGCGUGAGUACUGUCGUAAAGCGUGCCGGUCAAAGCAAUGCUUGUUGGUUUAGUGAAUGGACCGCACAAGGACCACGCUUGUCCAAAGCGGUGUCGGCGCAAGUGACGGUACUGGUACACUGCGGUACCAGAAUGGUGGCGUGAGGCAUCCUUGCGGCCAUGUGUAACAAUUUGUUUGAUUGCUAGGCCAUUCUUAACCUGACAAGAGCAGGAUUCUAUGGAAAGGUGCUACACCAAGUCUCACUGCUGUAAGCUCACUCCUGC